AGCCAAUGGGGGAGGAGAGCUCGGCUAUAAAGGACAGUCUCGGAGCAUCGGCCCGACCUGAGAGCUGCUGGGACACCGCUGGAGAUUUGUGAGCUCCUCGGCCGGAAAAAUAGGGAUCUUUGUGUCAACGACUAGUAGUAGUAGUAGUAGUAGUCCACAAAUCAGACAACAACAGGGAGCAGCCAUGCCUUUCGGUAACACGCACAACCAGCUGAAGCUGAAGUACACCCCGGAGCAGGAGUACCCGGACCUCAGCAAGCACAACAAUCACAUGGCCAAGAUCCUGACUCCUGCUAUGUACGAGCGGCUGAGGAGCAAACAGACACCCAGUGGAUUUACCCUGGAUGAUGUCAUUCAGACUGGGGUUGAUAACCCAGGACACCCCUUCAUCAUGACUGUGGGCUGUGUUGCCGGGGACGAGGAGACUUAUGAAGUCUUCAAGGAGCUGCUGGACCCUGUGAUCGAGGACAGACACGGAGGAUACAAACCCACAGACAAGCACAAGACUGACCUCAACCCAGACAACCUGAAGGGCGGCGACGACCUCGACCCCAACUACGUCCUGAGCUCCAGAGUCCGAACAGGACGCAGCAUCCGCGGCUUCUGUCUGCCACCGCACUGCAGCCGAGGAGAGAGACGCGCCGUGGAGAAGCUCUCCAUCGAAGCUCUGGAUUCUCUGUCUGGAGACCUGAAGGGGAAAUACUACGCCCUGAAGAACAUGACGGAUGCUGAGCAGCAGCAGCUCAUCGACGACCACUUCCUGUUUGAUAAGCCGGUGUCUCCUCUGCUCCUGGCCUCAGGGAUGGCCCGAGACUGGCCCGACGCCAGAGGAAUCUGGCACAAUGACAACAAGACAUUCCUGGUGUGGGUGAACGAGGAGGAUCACCUGCGUGUGAUCUCUAUGCAGAAAGGAGGAAACAUGAAGGAGGUGUUCAACCGCUUCUGCACCGGACUCACCAAGAUCGAGAGUCUGUUCAAGGACAGAGGCCACGCCUUCAUGUGGAAUGAACAUCUGGGCUACGUCCUCACCUGCCCGUCCAACCUGGGCACCGGCCUGCGCGCCGGAGUCCACGUGAAGCUGCCCAACAUGAGCAAACACGCCAAGUUUGAGGAGGUUCUCAAGAGGCUGAGGCUCCAGAAACGUGGAACCGGUGGCGUGGACACGGCUGCUGUGGGCGGAGUCUUUGACAUCUCCAACGCCGACCGCCUGGGUUUCUCUGAGGUGGAGCUGGUGCAGAUGGUGGUGGACGGAGUCCGGCUGCUGGUGGACAUGGAGAAGAAGCUGGAGAAGGGAGAGGCCAUCGACAGCAUGAUUCCAGCCCAGAAGUAACUCAUCCUGGAACCAACGCCACCUCCUCCCUCCUCUCCUUUUGUUUUUGUGUAAUUUAAGGUGAAAAUAAAAACCUGUUGAAGCUGUA